AUUCCACAUGGCGGUGCUCCUGAAGAGGCUGCUGCAGUCGGUGAGGCCCCCAGCGGCCUUGGGCCGCCCCAUGGGACGGCGCGAAGCCAGCCUGGGCACUGAUCCCGGGGCUGCGGUGCGAGUGCGGUUCGCCCCCAGUCCUACAGGCUUCUUGCACCUGGGCGGCCUCCGCACUGCCUUGUACAACUAUAUCUUUGCCAAGAAGCACCAGGGGAGCUUCCUCCUCAGGCUGGAGGACACAGAUCAGACCCGCCUUGUGCCUGGGGCAGCAGAGAAUAUUGAACACAUGCUGGAGUGGGCAGGCAUCCCGCCUGACGAGAGCCCCCGCCGGGGAGGUCCUGCCGGGCCCUACCAGCAGUCCCAGCGGCUCGAGCUGUACGCCCAGGCCACGGAAGCGCUGCUGGAGUCUGGCGCCGCUUACCGCUGCUUCUGCUCACCGCAGCGGCUGGAGCUCCUGAAGAAGGAGGCCCUGAGGAACCAUCAGACGCCCCGAUACGACAAUCGGUGCCGGAACCUGAGCCAGGGGCAGGUGGCCCAGAAGCUAGCCCAAGGCCCCAAACCUGCAAUCCGCUUCCGCCUGGAGGGGGAAGCGCCAGCCUUCCAGGACCUGGUGUACGGCUGGAAUCGGCAUGAGGUGGCACAUGUGGAGGGGGACCCGGUCAUCCUGAAGAGCGAUGGCUUCCCCACGUACCACCUGGCCUGCGUGGUGGACGACCACCACAUGGGCAUCAGCCACGUGCUGCGCGGCUCCGAGUGGCUAGUCUCCACCUCCAAGCAUCUGCUCCUCUACCAGGCCCUGGGCUGGCAGCCACCUCGCUUUGCCCACCUGCCCCUGCUCCUCAACAGGGAUGGCAGCAAGUUGUCCAAGAGGCAAGGGGACAUUUUCGUGGAGCAUUUUGUGGCUGCCGACUUCCUGCCGGAUGCCUUGCUUGAUAUCAUCACCAACUGUGGCUCAGGGUUUGCAGAGAACCAGAUGGGCAGGACCUUGCCAGAACUGAUAACACAGUUUGACCUGACCCGGAUCACCUGCCACUCAGCCCUGUUGGACCUGGAGAAGCUCCCAGAAUUCAACAGGCUACACCUCUGUCGGUUGGUGAGCAACGAGACUCAGAGGCACCAGCUGGUGGGGAAGCUGCAGGCCCUGGUGGAGGAGACAUUCGGGAGCCAGCUGCAAGACAGGGAGGUCCUGGACCCAGCCUACGUGGAGAGGAUCAUCCUGCUGAGACAGGGUCACAUUUGCCGCCUGCAGGAUCUGGUCUCCCCGGCACACUCCUACCUGUGGACUCGGCCUGCUGUGGGACUAGCGCAGCUGGGCACCAUUUCGGAGAAAGUGGACGUGAUUGCCAAACGUGUGCUGGGGCUUUUGGAAGGACCCGGUACAAGCUUAACUCAGGACGUGCUGAAUAGCGAACUGAGGAAGGUAUCUGAAGGCCUGGAAGGGACCAAACACAGUACUGUCAUGCGGCUCCUCCGAGUGGCCCUGAGCGGACAGCUGCAAGGACCCCCUGUAGCCGAGAUGAUGGUAUCCUUGGGAGCGAAGGAAGUGCGGGAACGAAUACAGAAGGUGCUUUCCAGCUAGAGAGCAGAUGUGCAGGACAAUGAAGUUGGCCCUGGGAACCUGGAUGGGCCUGGAAACCACCUUCAGAGGGAAGCGGAAUGGCCUGGAGCCCAUCAGGAAGCUCGUGGAAGGAACCCCGAGUGGAAACAGUCUGUGGGUGCACAACAAGGGAAACGGAGGGGCCUGGAGCCCAUGGGGAAGCUCAUGGAAGGAACCCCGAGUGGAAACAGUCUGCGGGUGCUCACAGUGCAUUUAUGGAUUCUUCUCACCUCGUGUCUGGUUCGGACAGCAUGUUACACGGCACAGGUUAGGGGCUGGUUCACAUUCAGCUUAGGCUGCCAGACAGGUGGCUUAAACAACAGAAGAUUAUUUUCUCACAGUUCUGGAGUCUGGGAGUCCCAAGCUCAAGGUGUCAGCAGUUGCGGCUUCGCAGAGGCCUCUCUCCUUGGCUUGCCCGUGGCUACCUUCUCUCUGUGUCCUCACGUGGUCUUUCUUCAGGGCAUGUCUUGGCAUCUCUCCGGGUGUUCACAUCUCCUCUUAGAAGGAUAUGGGUCAGGUUGGAGUAAGGCCCACCCUAAUGGCCCAAUUGUAACUUAAUCACCCCUUUAGGGAUCCUGUCUCCACAUCCAGUCACGUUCUGAGCUCCUGGGGGUUAGGGCUUCAGCAUGAGUGUUGAGGGGAUGCAGGUCAUCCCCUGACAGUGAGGCAGCUCCCUGGACACGUGGGUCUCAGUUCUCGGGCCCCAUUGGGAUGUGGAGCAGGCAAGGAUGGCUGGUGCAUGCAGGGCUGAAACCGGACGGCAGACCCUUUGGGGCUUGUAAAAGGGGAAGUGACCGUCUGCCAAGGGUGAGCACUGCGUUUUAUACUGCUCUUUAUUCUUGCACUUGGGGCAUCCUGUGUCUCCUCUAAAGGUCACCUCUUUCUCUUUUCCAGUUCUCCAGGCCUGGUCCUUGGACUGGAGACCUUCGCCCUGCCUGUUUUACACCUUUUUCUUCAUAUCCACCUCUUCCUUCUGCCCAUUUUUUAAGUCAUUGUCUACAGGUUUCUGAAAUAAGAUGUUCUUUUUAUUUACUUAUUUUUAUUUAUUUAAGUAAUUUCUGUGCCCAAAAUGGGGCUCAAAUUCACAACCCCAAGAUCAAGAGUCUCAUGCUCUUCCAACUGAGCCAGCGAGGCGCCCCUGAAAUAGAUGUUCUUAUUGGGGUAAAUAGGAAUGGCUAAAGUGGAAGGAAGAUGGUGGCUGUCUAUAAAGACCGUACUGGAAAAAGAAUAAAUAAAAUAAAAAUUUGG